AUGCGAGCGUCAGUCGGAUUGUUCUACGGUCAGGCUGCCUUCUGCCUACUACAAUGUCUACUGAUUCUGUUAACCGAUCAGACCUGCACCACUCUGCCUGGUACAAACUGCACUGCGGCUUCGUUUGGAAACUUGACUUUGUCCAGAGAGAUUCACCAUUGUUUUAAGGUAAUAACCGCAAAUUUUAAAUUAAAAACUAGAUUUUACCAAAUUUUUACUUUAAAUUUAAACUUUUAUUCAAAUUAUGUCAAAGUAUUUUAGAUAGAUACUGAAAAAGGAUGGGAAUGUAUUCUGAAUAGCUGCGACCGUCUCGGUCGUUUGAACUUGUGGGUUCUAAUGAAUAUGUUGUUCAACUUGGUCAGCUUUGCAGUCUACGUCUGUCUUCCCAAGUUCAACUUUGUAAGUGGCUAAUAAUAGCCUGUGCUAACCAUGUAAUUAGCUAUAAGUAGCCAUUUAAUACUUUUUUAAGUUUAAUUCUUCGGACUUUUAUUAUUUUAAAUCUUAUUUUAGUACACUACUCUGAUCCACGUGUUCUGUGAAGUGCUGUGCCGUGGAUGGCUGGUGCUGGACGCAUGGUGCUUGUACAGUGACUGGUACAGUCCAUGGCAACUCGACUUCCAGCCGGCUUUUCCCAUGGCUGUCAUCUUUAUGUCGGUAAGGGGUUUUAAAAGGAAAACUUGACUUCUAUGUUAAUAUCUACAUCGCCUUAAAUGAAGACAGUCUUAUCUGAAUACAAAUUAUAACGUUUGUUUUAGUGGAUCCACUUGCUGUGCUGUGUCACUGUGAGCUUGGCCUUCUACUGGGACCAGAAAGAGAUCGAGGUGUUGACUAUUGUCAAGUCCGGAGUCUACAGAGUAAAUGAGGACAACGACGGCUUCGUAUCAGAACUGCAACACAAGCCCAUCUUCCGGGCGAACGACGUGGACGUGAGCCAUGCCUAG